GGCAUUCUUAAUAAACCAGAGCAGAUGAUUUAUUAUGCUGUUAAGUCAACUAUUAAGUCGUUAACGCAAUCUUACGCCGGACUACUAGCACUAUUGGGAAUUUGGGUAAUAGUUCUGGCACCGGGCGCCUUUAGGACACCCUUCGCGGUAAACGUUACAAAAUUAGACAAAGGUAUCUUAGAUGAUUAUCGAGAGCCGAUUACUAAUUUCAUAAACUAG